AUGGCAUCGGCUAGUUUAUGUGAUCCUUGUUCCGAAGCUGACAAGUCUUCAACAGCAACAAAGUAUUGUUCUGACUGUGAAGAAAGACUUUGUACAGACUGUGAUGAAUCACAUUGCAGAUUCAAAGCCUUCAAAUCUCACCAUGUUAUCGACCUGUUGUCCAUUGGAUCCAAUAUUCUUAUGUCCGCGAAGAAACACUGCAAUGUCCAUUCUGAAAUGAUAUUGGAUUAUUACUGCACAGACCAUGAGAUCGUAUGCUGUAGAGCCUGCAUAUCUAAUGAACACAGGGUUUGUCAGAACGUUCUCCCAUUGGAACUUGCCUCGAAAGAUGUUAGAAAGUCUGCACUAUUUAACGAUGUUAUGGAAGACAUAACGCAUCUUAUUACAACAUUGAAUGCUUUAGACAAUAACAGACAGUCAAACUUACAAUCUAUUGAGAAAUCUAAAUCAGCAAUCUCUAAGCAGAUCCGAGCAGAAAAAUCCAAAUUGUUGAAACAAUUUGACGAGUUGGAGAGUGAACUUACAAUUAGUUUCACAUCCCUCCAACAAAGACAUGAAUCGGAAAUUAAAAAACAGAAAGAAGAAAUAUCACAAGUAUUGGUCAAUAUAAAACAAAACAAACGAGAAAUGGAUUUCUGGACAGAUGAUGGAUCAAAGAUUCAGCUCUUUAUAUUCUUGCUCCAACAAGUCACAAAUAUUCAUAUCGCCGAGGAGAGGAUACAGCAGAUUGUAUCCAAUUCACAAGAAAUUGAUAUAACUUUCGAUAAAAAAAUAGUGGCAACUAUUGAGUCUCUCGGGUCACUGUUAGAGUAUGUUCAACCAUGCCAAAUUCAAUACAAACCAAAGAAAUAUCAACAGGCCCAGAUAAAGGUAGAACCAAUGAAACGCAUUGCUGAAUUUGAGAAGGAUACUGAAGUUAAACUUAAAACUGGGGUGACAUAUUAUCUUCGAGGUGUAGCAAUCACAAAUGACAAUAAACUACUCCUCACUAAUGAUAGGAAACUGUUUGUCUACAAAGACUGUAAAGAUUAUAAGACAGAAAUAGCAUUUUCCUCUCCACCUUUUUGUGUUGCUGUGAUACCUUGUACCGACAGAGCUGUUGUUACACUACCGAACGAUGUGUCUAUACAAUUUAUAAACACAAAAACUAUGAAAAAGGGCAACACAGUAAACGUUGGAUUUACAUGUCAUGGUAUCACUGCUGGACGUGACAGAAUCUUCGUUGGCAGUAAAGACGGUGCAAUCAAUUUUUUAGACACCAAUGGGAACAUUCUAAAGGUAAUUCAAUAUGGAUAUGGUUAUAUUAACUUUAUAGCAUACAAUGGUAUUUAUGAUCAAUUGAUUCUUGGAUGUCCUAACAGACUCCUCUGUCUCAAAACUGAUGGAACAGUUGUAUACAAAAAGAACGUUUCAGGAAUAGCAGGUGUAACAUUUGAUAGACAGGGGAACAUUUAUUUUGGCGGUUUUAGAACCAACAAUAUACAGCGAAUAACAUCAAAUAGACGAAACUGUGACGAAAUACUGAACGAAGACAAUGAUAUCAACCGUCCGUCUGGUAUAUGUUUUAAUAACGACUUCACAAAACUGUUUGUGAUUAAUAACGAUGGUAAAUCUGUUUGUGUAUACAAAUGCAAGUAA